AUACUCCCCGCCCCUGGAUGGAUUUCUGCGGAGGAGCACACCCCGCCAGUCACAGGCAUGUACAGGGGGGACAUGGCGAGGACCGCAGCCUGGGACAGGACGUGAGGCUCCCCAAUUACCCAAAAUGGCCAAUGUCAAGGUAGCGCUGCGGGUGAGACCGCUCAGCAAGAGGGAGCAUGCCGAAGAAGCAAGAGUCAUAGUAAAUGUUGAUGAAAAAAUAGCACGGAUCAGAAAUAUAAAGUUGGAUUAUAAACCAGAAAGCGGUGGGGACACCAGAGAACGGCUGAGCGAGUUUGGUUUUGACUACUGCUAUUGGUCAGUUGAUCCAGAAGAUCCAAAAUAUGCUUCUCAAGAAGUGAUUUUCCAAGACCUUGGCACCACAGUUCUGUCAGAAGCCAUUAGCGGCUAUAAUGUGUGUCUAUUUGCCUAUGGACAGACCGGCUCAGGGAAGACGUACACAAUGAUGGGUACUCCGGCAUCAAUUGGAUUAACACCCCGCAUUUGUGAGGGUCUGUUCAGUUAUAAUGAUGGCUCUCCAGGCACUCCAUCCUCAAGCCGGAUUGAAGUGAGUUUUCUAGAGAUUUAUAAUGAGCGAGUCCGGGAUUUGCUACACCAGUCUGAUCAGAAGAAACCCUAUACACUGCGGGUCCGGGAGCACCCGGAGAAGGGGCCAUACGUGCAAGGAUUAUCACAGCAUGUAGUUACUGAUUAUGAACAAGUUGUUGGUCUCCUAGAGCAAGGGAUCGAAAACCGAAUAACCGCAGCUACCCACGUCCAUGAUGCCAGUAGCCGUUCUCAUGCCAUCUUUACUAUCCAGUAUACACAGGCUUCGUUAGAAGAUAAUCUACCAUCAGAAAUUGCCAGCAAAAUUAACUUGGUAGACUUGGCGGGCAGUGAAAGAGCUUCUCCAAAUUACUGCAAAGACCGUCUCACCGAAGGCUCAAACAUAAACAGGUCCUUGGUGACUCUUGGGAUAGUCAUCUCUGCAUUAGCUCAGAAUUCCCAAAUGAGUAGUAGCUGUCAAAGCAUCAACAGCAUCCUCAGUGAUGGAGACAGCGGGAUACCAAGCAGCCCCUCAGGAAGCAGUGCAACUGGAUCAAAGCGGCAGCCAUUUGUGCCUUACAGAGAUUCCAUUCUGACUUGGCUUUUAAAGGACAGUCUUGGGGGAAACUCAAAAACGAUAAUGAUUGCCACUGUGUCUCCAGCAAGUAGCAGCUACAAUGAAACUAUAAGCACCUUGCGCUAUGCUUCAAAUGCCAAAAACAUCAUCAAUAAACCCAGAGUGAAUGAGAAUGCUAAUGUAAAACUGAUCAGAGAGCUCCGGGAAGAAAUUAACAGAUUAAAGGCCAUGCUGAGGAAUUUUGAAAUGAGAACCAGUAGUCCAUCUUUUAAUGAGGAACGAGAUGGAAACCUAACAGAACUGGUUUUGCUAAAUGAACUAAAGAUUGAGCAGCUCACCAAAGAUUGGACAGAUAAGUGGACGGAUAAAGCUGCUUUUAUGGAGCAGUACAACGUGGAUAUUAAUGAGGGGAAAGCCAGGGUGACCAUAGACUCUGGGUUACCUCACCUCAUUGCAAUGGAUGAUGACAUUCUCAGCACUGGAGUCGUGAUUUAUUAUCUCAAGGAAGGAACAACACACAUUGGGAAUGGUGAUCAUGAUAUAGUUCUACAGUGUGAGGACGUUCAGGAGGAGCACUGUGUAAUCGAGAACAAGCUUGGGGUAGUAGAACUGAGGCCGUCCCUUGGAGCACUCUGCAGAGUCAAUGGGCAGGAAGUCAAAGACGUCUGUCGUUUGUCUCAAGGAGCCAUCAUAGUUUUAGGAAAAUCUCAUAGAUUUCGAUUUAACCACCCCGCAGAGGCUGCUGUGCUGAGACAAAAGAGAUCUGACAGUCAGGCAUCGUUUGUAAGUGAUUGCUCUCUGGAUUGGCUGGACCUGUCCGGAGAUUUCUCUUCAUCCUCAAAAGGGAACUCUCUCAUCUUAAACACAAGAAAUUCUGAGUCUCCAUCUGAGGAGUACCAGCAAGGGUUGAGAGGAUUAGGAGCCACUUACAGGAAACAGAUAGAAGAACAGCAGCAGUACGUGGAAGACUUGAAAAGCCAGAUUCAGACUGCACAGGUGAAGGGAGAGAAGGAGCUGGAACACGAGCAGUCGCUAAUCAAUCAGCAGGUCCAAGAAUAUGAACAGUGGCUUGUAAAAGAAAAGGAGCGUCUAAGUGCUGUGUGUCAACAGAAACGAGAAUCCUCAUCUCAGACUGAAGCAAAGACUUAUGUGGAGGCUGAAGUUCAGAACUGUGUACAGACAGACAUCCAGCCAUCACUGGAAGAGCAAGAGGGGAAGAAACUGGUGCAGCUGGAGCUCAUCCGAAAAUGCUCACUACGUAGGGCAGAGCGAAACAUCCGGAGAAAGAGGGUUAAACUUCAGUUAGAGAGAAUUGUCAAGAAACAAAAACUUUUAGAGGCCAAAAAAACUCUCCAGCAGCUGCAGGCAGCCUGCUGGCUUAGUGAUGACAUAGUGAAGCCAACUCUUCUCCAUGUGCCAAAGGUACAAGAGACUUCUGCUGGCGUUACAGCUCUGCAUAGGAGUAGUAGUUCUCCUUCCGGGUUCUCAUUCUACCGAAGAUGCUCAUUGCCUUGGACUUUACAGGCACUUCCCAAUACCUAUAGUGCUGUUCUAAAAAGGAAAUGUAAAUCUGAGCUGACACACACUACCAAGAAUGAUGUUAGCAAUCCUUUACGAAGUGUAUCCAUAGAUUGUCUUCUUAACUCUUCUGAUAAUCCUGGUAGCAAUGAACAAUUGGAGAAUAAUCCUUUCAGUAUAAGUACCAAAAAUCUGCAAUUUGUUGAGGAAAAAAGGAUUGAUUUGCUCAUAAAACAAAUCAGUGCAGGGGCAGCUUUUUUGUCAAGUGAUCCACAAAUGAGCAAAAAACGUCAAAAAAUGGAUAAACCUAGAGGUGGGUCAAAAGGGUCUUCAAAUAACUCCACAGCUGAACAACCAAAAAGAAGAAACAUACGGGCAAAUGUUUCUACAGGAACUAAGGACACCAAGCCGAAGCCAUUAAAAAGUCCUUCUCCUUUGACUGUUGGUGGCCCUAAAAAGAGUACAGUACAAGAAAAGAGCAAGUUAAGCCCAAAAAGUGAUGUAGGCAAACCACCACCCCAAAAAUCUGUAAAGCACACACAAAUAUCACCUGGCCAAGUGAAGCCACCUUUGGGAGAGUCAACGAUAAAAGGCAAACCAGUCAAAUACAACAUGGCUUCUAUUAAAUCGAAUACUCAAAGGAAGCCUGCUGAGCAAGUUAAUAAGGUUUCAUCAUCUAUUAAUAACAUUUCCAAGAUAGCCAACAGACGUGGAGAAAACCAAACAAGUAAUAGAGGCAGGAUAAGCACAGAAAGACCCAAUAGGGUACUCCUAAAAGCAAAUAUUCAAACACUGGAAGACUGUAAGGACAACCAUACUGAUUCCUCGGAUAGUGAAAGUUUCUAUUCUGUUGAUUCUCUUUCUUCUGCUUAUGCCAGUGCCUUAGCUGAACAGCUCAAACAGGAGGAUUUACAGAGGCAAAGAAGUAACAAUAGGCAGAAGGAUUCAGACAGUGAAGAUAGCCAGAUGUCUCAAGACUCUCUUGCUGAAAAAGAGAAGAGAAAAGAGAGACCCAAUAAAAGAAGAUUUAACAAAUACAAGACUAUUGAGGCAACAUCCCCAACCACAUCUUUUGCUGGAGAACACAACUCUUUCCCUUUAGUUACAACUGGAUCAGUCAUGACUGGAUUGAGCAAGAGCUUCUCUCUAGAUAGCUUAGCUGAUGCAGAAGAUGUACUUGAGGCGGAUUCAUCGGAAGAACUUCCAGCUGAGAUCUUUUGGAAGCUUCAAAGCCCAAGGAGUUUGAUCUUGAAUGAAGAAGACAAAAAAAAGGAAAACAUUGCAGGACCAAGAGAAGAUAGUGGCUUGGACAUUAGUAAUUCAUUUUAUCUCAAGGUGAAUGAUGGACCUACCCCUGAUUACUGUGAUGUCAGUUUACCCAGAGAAAUGGAGUACCACCCUGCUAUCCUUUCGAAUAUAUGCGAUGGGACAUCUCAGACAAUCUCUCUUUCUUGUGAUAGCAUUUCUAGUUCAUCUGGAUUAUCAACUCAAACAGAUACUGUGAAGCCAAAUGAGAAUACUGUACAUGGGGAUGCUUUGUCUCCUGCCUUUGCUUCCAAAAUUAGAGUGUCAUUCAUCUUGAAGCUCCCCAUAGAAAAUCUGUGCAACAUUCAAGUGUCUGCUCUGUCUCUCAUACAGAAACACAAGACAGACCACCAAAUACAUAUGCAGUUAAAGGAAGAAAAACGGUGCAAGAAGAAAAUGGCCAGGAAAGAAAUUCAGGGAGAAGAUGAGCAACUGAAUGCAAAAAGGGAAAAACUCUGCUCUAAGGAACUUAAUGAAAUCUCCCUUGUGGAUCCAACAGAGAUGUGCGACGGAAAAUAUACUAAAACCAGUGAAGAUGAAUGCAGUAAGAAAGGGUCAAGAGAUGUUUGCUUACAUCAUUACGAGUCGGCUCUCUGUACAACUGAAGAGGAAAACACCAAUCUAGAGUCGAAAGAUGAAGAUAAUUUAUCAAAUGCUAGAUCAUUGUGCAACAUGAGGUCUGACACAUUGCAGGACCCAGCCUCUGAGUAUUUCAACAAGAAUGUGUUUCCACGAGAUCAGAAUGAAGAGGGUGCAAUUAAAAAUUGUGCGAAAUCAGAAAUGGUAGAAUUGGUUACAGAAAAUGCACAUGCCAGACAUUGCAUAGAAGACAACAUGUAUCAGCCGACUUGUUCUACAUCAUCUCUACAAGAUUUAUCUGCUGAUCAAGUUUAUGGGGAACGGGACUGCAACUUGGGCAUGACAAAUGAUUUAUCCAGUCCUAUGAGGGACAGAAAGGUUUGUAAAGUGGUAUGCGAAUUGGAACAGUUUUGUGACCAGAACUUAGCACAACCUGCCCACAGUAACAGAGUAGAUGACCAAGUGACUUGUCCUGUAGUUGUAGGAGACAAAGAAAAUGGUGAACUUGAAGAAAAGUGUCUGAUUACAGAAGUCUGUGGAGAAUAUUCUUCAGAUCUGAGUGAUUCAACAGACAUUUCCUCCAGUGACACGGAUACAUCCAGAUAUUUGGUUAUGAAGAACGUCACUGGUGUGCAAAACAGGUUAGUGAACAUGUUAACUGGAUGUGAACCGAAUUCAUCAGUAAGUAAAAAGGACAUUAAUGAAAUCUCUCAGUCUGCCACUUCUGAGGAAGAAAUGUCACCAAGCAUGGACAGCAUUAAAACUCCAUCCCCUGAACAUCCCAAUGUUCUAGAUCAAAUGGAUUCAACAGAGUCUGAUACAAAUGAGUUUUCUCCCUCCCCUGUUGGCACUUUACUAAGUAGAUCAAAUUCUGUUGGAAGAUUUAUGAAGGAGCAUAGCAAUUUAGAGAUAAAAUCAGAGGUAUGUGCGCAAGAUAAUAUGACUGAUCAUCACACUCAAACAGUCCAGUCACCGUAUCAUACAACAAACUAUAGUGUUUUAAUGGAAGAUGUUGUAGACAAUGCUGAAAGUCUUCACUUCUCCUCAAGUGACAUAAAUCCCUUUGUUCAUUCUUGGCAGCAAGAAGGCAGUCCCAAACCUGGAUGGAGGCACUGCACAUUCAACAGUGCCAGUGAUGUAUCCUGUGCUGAAUUCAGAGAACAGGCUGAUAAACUGAUGCGCUGCUCCAGUGUUGACGAAGGGCUUAACAGUCACAAUUCUCCAUUUCAUUCUCAUCUUAGCUCCUAUGCAAAUGCUAAAGCAGUAUCCACCAGUACUAUAAGUAGUCUUGGAAGGAACGAUUCAAGGCCAGAUAUAACUUCACUGGAUGAUUCUCAGGAACUGCUAUCUGAUGAAUCUGCUGUGAUAUGUACAGGUAAUAGAGCAGAGUUUACAGGAAUUUCUGGGUUAGAGACAAAAUUUGAAGACCACUCACAGUUGGAUGAAAUCAUAUUUUUGUAUACAUCAGAGUCAGAGACUUGUAAUGAACCCGUAAAGCAAGUAUCUGGCGAACAGGGCCCACACAUUAAGCAUAAACAUCGGAAGACCUCUAGGCAUCAGAGAAACCACACCGAAAUAUGCCCUUCAGAGCAGAUGAGGAACAAGAACAUAUGCCAAAGACCUGCAUCUUGUUCAAGCGUGCAGAGCAUGUCCUUACACUUGUCACAACUUCUGCAAGAAACAUCAGAAUUGCUAGGAAAUCUCUCAAAACAUCAUCCUGAAAAUGUAAGGACGGAGGACAUCAAGAUGCAAAGAGAUUGUGAAGACCACAUUAUGAAAAGAUCAGUGAGAGACUCCUCCACACAGACAUCUGUGGACAAAGGCAUUCAGACAGAUUCACACAUAGUGAAAAAUGCACAAAAACAUACAAGCGAGCGCAAACAUUUCCUAAGCACCUCAGGAAUAAAUGUUAUAGUUAAGGUCCUGGGAACAGAUUCGUUGACUCACAUUCCUCAAAAAACAGAACAAAGUAAAGUGACUAAAACUCGAACACAAAGUCUACCAAACCUACAUGAGUUUGAACUUUCCAAACAAUCAGAGCGUGUUGUGUAUCAUUCACCACAAGUUCGAGCAUCCAUCCCAUUGUUAACUGGCUCACAGGACAAGUCAUCUACAGCUUUCCCAUAUUCGUCCUCCAAAAGUUCUUCUGUUUCCACCAAUGUGAAUAAAUGUGCAGAAGAUCUGGUGGUACAUAGUCCAUCUUCUAGUGCGGUUGACACCGCAAGGUACCACACCAGCUAUUAUGAGAAAACUGCAAUGGUAGAUAGAGCAUCAUCACCAAUUCUAACUGUGAAAGCAAGUAACAAAUUUCACUAUAAACUGGUACGUGAUAAUCAUUUAAAUUAUCAGAAUUUUGCUAAAAUUCUUCGUAACAGAAAGAGAAAAGAACGUGAGCUCCGUGAUCUACAACUGAACAGUUCACAAACGGAAACAGACAGUGAAUCAAAUGCAGGCAAUGAAUAUGAAGCUGCACGGAGUAGCUCAUUGAAGGAAACCACCAGAAAAAAAGUUUCAAGCGCAAAAUUCCAGAGAUUUGUGAGUGAAGGUUGCAUUUUACGAGAUGCAGACUCUUUCACCAACCAAUCCAGUAGCAACUCGGAGAUUACAAGUAGUGAAAAAAAAUGUAAUGGUGUAAGUCAUUUUACUGCCAUGCAUGGGAAGAAGGCCCGUCACCCCUGGGAGCACUUGCAGUCUCUUCAAAAUCUCUCUCUAAUGUCCCAGACUGUAACAAGCAGAGAUGAGCAGAUCCUAAGACAAAGUCCAAAAGAAUUUAUUAGUGAUAAGAAUGAUCUUGGCAGUUUUACCAUAACUUCCGGUAACUCGUACAAUAAAAAUAGAAGCUAUUCACCUUCACAGAUUAGUGGCUUUGAUUUGCACUUACAAGAAGAUGGAUUAUCAGUUGUAGAAAGCGAGUGUAAUACUGACAUUCUUCUUGGUCUGGAUCCAGCCUUGAGAACCUGUCAGAAACCACAUGGUUAUGUUUUACAUGAUCUACCCAUGCACAAUAAAUUCAGCAAUUGGUCUGGAGUUCAGUGCGGUUCAACGAAGAAUGGAAUGGUAAGCAGCAGUCCUAAUCUGAAUAUGAGAGGAAGUCCUACGAAGACUGGAGCAUCUCAGGAAGCGCUUGACAGUAGAUCGCAGGAAAUUGAGAGGCUGCAAAAAGAACGGGCAGAGGUUUUAUCUGCGAUACACUUGGAGAUGAAUCCACUACCUCUUACUGUUCAACUUGCAGAAGCCAAACUGAGCUAUGGCAUUGGAGAAACAGAUGCACUUCUGAGAGUGCUCCAAACAGGAAAGAUGGAUCCUCAAGAUACCGUAUCUAUAAAGAAACAGUUGUACGAAAGGCACUUGAAAAUGAUUGAAAAUGUGCGCAAGGAAAGGGAGGAGAGGCUUCAGCGUUUUAGGAGAAGUCGUAGUCUCAGCCCCCAGAAACAGCUGAGUGCGUCUCAGACAUCACUGACAUCCUUGAGGGAGUCUGACUUGCCCAGCCGGCGUAGAGAGUACCUGCAGCAGCUCAGGAGGGAUGUGGUUGAUAAUACCAGGAUUCAGGAACCAAAGAGUCGAGCCCUGCAGUGUCCUUCUGAAAUUGAAGUAAUGCUAAAAGACUACCAGAAGGCUCGGGAAGAGGCUAAAACUGAAAUUGCUAAAGCAAGGGACAAGUUACGAGAGAGGGCCGAAAUGGAGAGGAGAAGGUUACAACAAGGUAGUCUAACGAAGGAUGAUACCAAAAUGAAGACACUUGUAAGCACCAGCACUUUAUUUACCAAUUCUAGUCUCAGCCUGUCCUCAGGACCUACCUCUGGGUAUAACAGUGGAAUGACUGCAACAAUUGGCCAGGGCAGCAAGCUCAGCAGCCAGGAGACAUUGCUAAGAAGUUUGGAUCCAGCUCUGGGCUCUGGAAGAGGUCGCUCGGCAGUGAGGAAUUAUGACCUUUUCACGGCUACCAGUAUUUCAGUUCCAGACUCCCAUAGAACAAGCUCAUCCACUGCAGAAUCACUACCUGGAAAAUCGAUCCCCUGCUCUCCGCAGCGCAAUUCUCUCCUCCAGUCUACGGCAGUUGCUUACCAGGAGCUCGCCACUCGGGUUCAGGCCAGUGCUAUGGCAGAGGUAAUGACUGCUUGUUCCUAUGAUGUAAAGAAGCUAUACAAUCACCAGGCAGCAGCUGGAUGGAUAUACCAGAGCACUGAGAAAGAUGUACUGGUGUACUAUAAAGCCUUCUCAUCCCCAACAAAGCAUGGAUUUAUUGGAGCUGGAGUCAUUAAGAGGCCGAUGCAUGAUGUGUGGUGCACGGUGAAAGACAUUAGUGCUAGGCGAUUGUAUGACCAAUCAAUUCUUACAGCCUGUGUACAUGAGAGAAUGGGCAGUAACAUUCAGUUGGUGCAUGUGAUGACUGACACGUCACUUUGCUAUCUGAAACAACCCAGGGAUUUCUGCUGUUUGGCUGUGGAGUACAAGCAGGAGAAGUGUUACAGCUUGUGCUUCCAAUCUGUUUAUAAUGAAUCUAUGCCACGUCCUAAUAAAGACACUGUACGAGGAGAGCUACUGCCCAGCGCAUGGAUCCUCCAGCCAGAUACCAUCAAUGGAGAAGCCAUCACAAGAGUCAUUUACAUGGUACAGGUUGACCUUGGAGCACCAGCUAUUCCUUCAAGGCUACUUAAUGUAAUUAGCAAACGUCAGCCUCUGGUGAUUGCAAACCUGGCAAGCUUUCUCUCUAGGUAAUCUGGAGGAAAUGACUAAGGCCCCUUGCAGACGAGCGUGUCCGGAUGCGUCGUGUCUGCGAUCAGGGAAAAUCGUGCGAGUAGGUACGCAAUUGCAGUCAGUUUUGAUGUUCAGUUUUUAUC